ACUGCUCCAAGUGCCGGGUACGAUUCACGUUGUCAAUUCGUUCGUUUGGAAGUGGGUUUUCAUAUCGAAGUGGCCGAGGAACUCGGAACUUGGAGCGCGGAAAAUGUCCACAAAGUACGGCAAGCUGCAGCAGCAGUUCCUCUGCUGCUAUCCGGUGAACAAGAUGGCCUGGUCGUCGGUCAAGCUGCCCCUCAACUGGGAGGAUCAGCAGGAGCUGUUAGCGGCCACCUGUGGCCACCCGAUGAACCAGUGCUAUGCUGUGCGCCGCAGCUACCUGGAGGCCUUCCUCAAGCACCUGAUGCACCUGCUCGGCGAUCAGGAAGAUCUGCACGACGAUUUAUACAGCAGCUUCUGCGGUCCGAUGGCGGAGAACAAAGCGAGCACAGGGUCAUCCACGUACGCCUACAAGCACUAUCUCCUCGAACCGGGCGCCCACAUCACGCUCCGUGAGUCCACCAGCUUCGUGGCCGAGGGCACAACGGGAUUGUGCACCUGGGAAGCGGCUCUGGCCCUCGGUGAUUACCUCCUGCAGCACCGCGACCUGGUGCGUGGCAAGAACAUAGUGGAGCUGGGAGCCGGUGCCGGUCUCCUGGGAAUCAUGUUGAAACUACCGGCCCUGCAGUUGCAAGUGGGCCAGGUUCUGCUGACCGAUGGCAGUGAGCCCUGCGUCCAGCUGAUGCGCGAGAAUAUCAGCCUGAAUUUCCCAGACACGCCCAAAGAGCAAAUCCCCCAGGCGGAGCAGCUAAACUGGGCUGCGGUCAGCAAGUUCCCCUGGGAUUCGUAUGCUAAAACGGAUCUUCUGAUGGCCGCCGAUGUGAUCUACGAUGAUUCCCAGUUCGACGCACUGCUGGGUGCCAUGGACUAUUUGUACUCCCGACGAGGAGGUGGCCUGGAAACCCUGCUGGCCAGCACAGUGCGAAAUGUGGACACGCUGCACAAGUUCAUGACCCAGCUGGGUGACAGUGGCUACAAGGUGACUCCAUGUGCCAACGUAUCGGCCUGUGCCAGCCACUUUUGUCGCGAUCACACCGCCGCCGUCCAGAUUAUCUCCAUAAGACGCUAGUUUUAGUCCUAAAAUAAACCGACACCGCGUAAACAAACACCCACUAUCUGGAACCCACUUAA